AUGUUCUCGCCGAGCGAUGUCCGGCUCACCACCACAAAGGCCAUCGGAGCCUCCUCCGCGGUGCGGCCCAGGGACCACGGGGGCAGAUACCAGGGCCCUCCCCCCCGGAACCCUACUGAAACACACCCUGGGGAGGAAUCCCCACACAGCAACCGGCCUUGGAGUUUCUCCCGUCUGCCGGAGUCUGGGAAUCCCGGACAGGCGCACUGCACGGACUCCUACAACCAGCGCCGACGGGCGGCCUGCCAAGUGGUGGGCCAGGCCACAGCAGUAUGUGGGGUGGGGACAGGGGUGCUUGCAGGCUUAGAGACCCCCUACAGUCUGCCCCCUACCCCUACCCCCGAGCUCCUAGAACAGACUGCCGGGAACCAGGUCAGAGGUUUCCAGGGCUCUGUGCAUGUGCUCCCCGUGCCCUCCCACCCUCCUCCCAUCCUCCUCACCAACAGGUACUGCAUCAUUUUCAAACGGGGACCUGGGAUUCUCUUAUCCUUCUAUCCAUUUGAUGCCUUAAUUCACCGCGUGCUUGCGGAGUUCCCGUUCUGUGCCAGGCACUGGGGGGACAGCGGGGGCGAGGCAGACCCCCUCCUGCUGUUGUACCAGGACUCGCUGAUGAAACUGAGAGGUGUCUUCACCUUUCUCCUAAACGUGACGUGGGGUGAUGAGAACCCAUGGUUCCCGGGAGCACCUGUCUCUAUGAGCAACAGGCAUAGCGCAUCUGCAGGCAACGUUGUACCCGUCUGUCCGGAUCGCCACUGGAAAUCACACGCCAGAAGCUGAGCCUGGGCCGGUAGGCGGGUCGGGGUUCCUCCGCACAGAAUGACUCUUGCCGAGCGCACGGCCUGGAGCUCUCCCUCCUGAACCCGAGACCCGGCUGGGGACACCCAGACGGUCAUCUCAGGCUGGAGGAAACCCAGCGGGGCUCUGUUUUCUGAAUUCCUGGGGUCCCUUCACUUGUAAAAAACGCCUUCACUGAGAUGUGAUUCCCACUCACACAAGUCACCUGUGGCAAGCGCACAAUUCAGUGGUUUUGGUGUACUCGCGGGUGGUGCCGGCAUCGCUCCGGCGAGUUUCAGAACGUUGACGGUGAAGGGUGUCAUCAUCGCCCCAUUCCCCCAGCCUCCGGCCACCGCUGAUCUGCUUUGUCUACAGGUUUCCCUGUUCUGGGCGUUUCACAUAAAUGGCGUCGUCUAGCA